AUGGAAGACUAUGGAAUUUUUGGAGAUAUAGUGGUUUUUGACACAACCUAUAGAACAAACAGGUAUAACCUAAUUUGUGCUCCAAUAGUUGGAAUAAACAACCACUGGAACAAUUGCAUGUUUGGUUGUGCAUUCAUAGGAGAUGAAAAGAUUGAGUCGUUUGUGUGGCUUCUACAAACUUUCACAAAGUCAAUGGGGGGAAAAAGUCCAAUAUCAAUCUUUACAGAUCAAGAUGCAGCAAUGAACAAUGCCACCAAUCAGGUCUUUCCAGAUUCAAGACACAGAUUAUGUGUGUGGCAUUUGCAUCAGAAUGCUAUUACCGGAUUUGGGGCAUUUAAACAAGAUCCAACUUUUAAGAAGACAUUCAACUAUUGCUUGUAUAAGUGUGUCACAGUAGUUGAAUUUGAAACCAAUUGGAGAUCAAUACUGCAACAAUACGAGUGGGAAGAGUGGUUUACAAAUGUAUACGAUUUGAGAGAAAAAUGGUGCCAUGCCCUAAGCAAAGACUUCUUUUCAGCUGGGAUUUUGUCUUCACAACGAAGUGAAAGCACUAAUCACGCCAUCGGAUAUAGAGCAAACAGAACAACAAGUUUAACUGAUUUCUAUAGAUUGUUCAAAGGAACAAUACAACGUUGGAGAAGUACAGAAAAGCAAGCUGAAUUCUCUUGUAGUAAAUCGGUUGCAUCCUCGGCUUUACCACUAUCUGGAUUGCUAAAACAUGCAUCAGAAGUUUACACGUUGUCACUAUUCAGAGACUUUGAGGAGGAAUUUGAAUAUUCAAUUGCAACAACAGCAAAAUUAAUUUGGAAACAAGGUAAUACUGAGUUCUAUGAUGUGUCCAUUGAUGAAGAACCUUGGUCUGCACAGAGAGUAACAUACAUCCAUGAGAGCCAGACAGUAUCAUGUACAUGUAAAAACUUUGAAGCUUCAGGAUGGUUGUGCUACCACUGCAUUAGGAUAUUGCACCUUCAUUCGGUUAACCGGAUUCCAGAACAGUACAUCAAAAAGAGGUGGACAAAAUCUGCCAAGUCAUCGGUUUGGAACAAAUUAGAAAAUGAAAAGCCGGAAGAGGUGCAGUACACGUACACCUUGGCGCCAAACCAUGGCUAG